AUGAUCUUUUCUCUCCUCACCUUCCUUCGGCUGGUCGCAGUGCAACAUGUCAUAAAAACAGUUCCACUUGGCCAAGGUCUACCGAUCAGAACGCUAGUCCCUGCGACUGUGAUCGAUGGCCUGAACAAUCUUGACUACAAUGCAACGCAUGGUAUUACGGCUCACUUCUCCCACGCGGAGACUUCUGGUAGCAUGUACACAAACACACUCGACGACAAAGACGUCGAUUGGCCUUUAGCCAACGGCGACAUACCCUUCGAGCUGUCAGAGGACACAACGCUCGCGCAAGCAGAUUCAAACCUGGUCAAAAGAGUUCCCGCGUAUCGAGGAGUCUGCAAAAUGGACUGUAAACUGAGUCCCGAAGCAUGUACAAACGCUUGUUAUUACCAGAAUUGUAUCAUGGCAGGCCAGACCGUGCAAUACGUGGAGCCACAUGCUGGUUCGGCCGAUCGUGUGCAAGCUGGUGUUGCAGUCAGUCAGGGCACGCCCUGCCAACAAUGGCCGUUUGGACAACGAUUUAUGGAUCCCAGAUUGCAGGCUAAUCUUACACAACUCAGGAUACAGACGGAUGAGUGGCCCAUGUACUCGCAGCAAAGGGAUGACUUCGACCCGUCAGCUACUAGACCACAGUCAUCUCUGAGGUGUAUAGGUGGUAGCGAUAACUCUAGAGGUGGCAACACGGUCAAACGUUUCCGAGAAGGCACCGGAGAGUGGGGCCCGGGUGGCCGAUUCGUGAGCGAUCGCCUGGGAAGUCCGGCCAAAUUUGAUGAGGGUGACUGGUAUGAUAUUGAGUUCUACUUGGGCGAUUUCAAUCUGAAUGAUCCCACCGAGCGCGCCAUAUACGAUGCCUUGAAAUAUUGUCACCCUCAGCCGGACUGCAAGAACGACGGUUUUCAGUUCCACAUGAGCAACCUCCGUCUGACGGACCUUGGAGCAUCUGGUAAACUUGGACAACCUUACGACCACGAGAAACACAACACGUACAGGAUCACUGGCGAGCCCGCCGACAUCAGACAAUUCCACAUCAGCUUGGACGUCACCGGCUUGACCAACGACCAAGUCUCCGCUCGUGUAUACGUGUACGAAAAUGGCGUCGAAACCGAGCUCGCGUCAAAGACCGCAGCACCAAUGGCAAAUGGUACCAGCUUUACGCUCCCUGCUAGCAAUACUCUGCCACAGCCGAUCAGGGUCGAUAGACUGUCGACUGGCUGCCUGGACUUCGCAGUCCUCUACGGCACUCCGGCUCCUGGCGCAAUCAAUUGGUUCAGCUUCAACUCACGGGAUAGUGGAUGGGCGAGAUGGGCGCUCAAGGAGCGCGAUGGGCGAUAUUGCACCUCAGAGCUCAUUCGGGACCCAAAUCCGCAAGUGCAAAUGAGUGGGAUGAGGUUGAAGUGUACAUUUCCUGCUUGGUGA